GGGAGAGGCACCCGCGGCGGUGGCGGCUCGGCAGCAUGGGCUGGAGCUGACAGCGCCCGCCCCGCAGACGCCCGAGCGCUGUCGGUGGCGAAGGGAAAAGUUGCCGCGUCUGCCCGAGAAAACUUUCUGCAGCCGAGGCGGGGAGGGGGCGGCGGAGCCCAGCCCAGCCCACCCGUCCGGUCCGGUGCGGUGCGGUCCCUGCGCGGCGGGGUGCGCUGCGCUGCUGCUGAGGCGGCGCGAGGGACAUGCCCGCCGCCAGCCUGCUGCCGCUCUUCGGUAGCCCGGCGGGGCCGGGGGCUCUGGGCGGCUCCGCGGGCGGCGGCGCGGGCGGCGGGGGCAGGAAGGCGGCGGGGCCCGGAGCGUUCCGGCUGACGGAGAAGUUCGUGCUGCUGCUGGUGUUCAGCGCCUUCAUCACUCUCUGCUUCGGGGCCAUCUUCUUCCUGCCCGACUCCUCUAAGCUCCUCAGCGGUGUCUUCUUUCACUCGGCCGCCCUGCAGCCGCCGCCGCCGCCGCCCGGCGGGCAGCCCCGCGCCCCGCCGCAGCCCGGGGGCGGCCCGGCGGCCGCGGACGGAGCGGGAAGCCUGGAGCGGAUCCGUGCCGACCACGAGCGGGCUCUGCGUGAAGCCAAGGAGACUCUGCAGAAGCUGCCCGAGGAGAUCCGCAGAGACAUCCGCCAGGACAAGGAGAAACUUCUGCAGGAUGCCCGCGGCAGGAAGGAGGCGGGCGCCCCGGGACUGCCCCAGCGCCUCUUCCGCCAGCCCGUCGGUGCUGUGGGGCAAGAGCCCGCCGACCCCGUCAUCCGGGAGAAGAGGGACAAAAUCAAAGAGAUGAUGAAACAUGCCUGGGAUAAUUAUAAGCGUUACGCAUGGGGAUUAAAUGAACUGAAACCCAUAUCUAAGCAAGGACAUUCAAGCAAUUUAUUUGGUAACAUUCAAGGAGCAACAAUAGUGGAUGCCCUUGAUACACUCUACGUCAUGGAAAUGAAAGAGGAAUUCAAGGAAGCCACGGAAUGGGUUGAAAAAAACUUGGAUUUCAAUGUGAAUGCUGAAAUUUCCGUAUUUGAAGUGAACAUUCGUUUUGUUGGUGGAUUACUUUCAGCUUACUAUCUUUCAGGAGAAGAGGUUUUCCGAAAAAAGGCAGUGGAGCUUGGAGAGAAACUGCUACCCGCUUUCAACACCCCCACUGGGAUACCUUGGGCAUUGCUUAAUAUUAAGAGUGGAAUCGGUCGAAAUUGGCCCUGGGCCUCUGGCGGCAGCAGCAUUUUGGCAGAAUUUGGAACUUUGCAUCUGGAGUUCAUACAUUUGAGCCAUCUGUCUGGAAACCCUGUCUUUGCUGAAAAGGUAAUGAAUAUUCGAAAAGUUCUGAACCGACUGGAUAAACCAGAGGGUCUUUACCCCAACUAUCUGAACCCCAGCAGUGGCCAAUGGGGCCAGCAUCAUGUCUCCAUUGGAGGGCUUGGGGACAGCUUUUAUGAGUAUUUGCUCAAGGCAUGGCUGAUGUCAGACAAGACUGAUGAAGAAGGCAAGAAAAUGUAUUAUGAUGCUGUUCAGGCCAUAGAGACCCACCUGAUUCGCAAGUCAAGCAGUGGGCUGACGUACAUCGCUGAGUGGAAGGGGGGGCUGCUUGAACACAAGAUGGGACACCUGACCUGUUUUGCUGGAGGCAUGUUUGCCCUUGGAGCUGAUGGAGCACCUCCUGACAAGACAGGCCACCACAUCGAGCUUGGUGCUGAAAUUGCCAGGACUUGCCAUGAAUCCUACGAUCGUACAAGCAUGAAGCUGGGUCCAGAAGCCUUCAGAUUUGAUGGUGGUGUGGAGGCCAUUGCUACAAGACAAAAUGAAAAAUACUACAUCCUGCGACCAGAAGUCAUAGAGACCUACAUGUACAUGUGGAGGCUCACUCAUGACCCUAAGUACAGGCAGUGGGGAUGGGAAGCUGUAGAGGCACUGGAGAAACAUUGCAGAGUGGAUGGUGGCUAUUCUGGCAUUAGAGAUGUUUAUAACAAUCAUGAAAGCCACGAUGAUGUGCAGCAAAGUUUCUUCCUUUCAGAGACACUCAAGUACUUGUAUUUGCUGUUCUCUGAAGAUGAUCUUCUUCCAUUUGAACACUGGGUCUUCAACACAGAGGCUCAUCCUCUCCCUGUUCUUCACAAAGACGAUGAGAAUAAAGAAGAAAACAAGAAAUAGAUGAAGAUUAAGUUCUACUUUCAUUCCUUAUGUUUCUUUCCGGGACUUGGGCACAUAAUUUGGUUUUAAAUUCUUGAGUUAAAUUUUUAAAUAGAGUGUUUUGCAGUCUGUUUUAUUUAAUAGUAAAUAUUCAUGAAUGGACCCCAACUGAUUAUGAUAAAACUUCAUUCCUCUUACCCAGUUGAACCACUUCUUAGAAAAGAAAAAGGACAUCUCUCCGGAUUUUGGUAGGCUGCAGUGUCAUCUUGGCCAAAAGGAGCAGAGGUUUCUGCAUGUUACUUGUUUCCUGUUAUGCUUCUAAUUUGACUGCAAAAUUCUUUUCUCCUCUGUGAGGAGAUGUCUGCUUUAAGCUGUAAUAUUUUGCCAUGUUGCAAAAAGCCAUAUUGAAUUGAGUAUAAAAAGCUUUUUUCUCUCUCUCUUUUUUUUUUUUUCUUGUUUUUUUGUUGUUCUUGUUGUUCUGUGUUAAUUUUUGUGUGUCAUCCAAGACAAAUCUUGUGACUGUGACAGCCUCUUCUUAUGCGGGUCUCUCAUUACUUGGUAAAGUAUCUGAUGUAUUUUGUUGUCAAUGAAAACUAAAUAGGAAUAUUUUCAUCUCGUGCAGGCACAACUCUGAAACUGCAGUAUAUGUUGAAGUUGCUAGGUUUUAUGAAUUUAGCACAUUAGUUAGCAGACCUUAAUUCUUCAAGUUUUGAUCAGAAUAUUGUAAUAGAAUAAACUGCUUCCUCUCUUUUCUAAGUGGUGUUAUUCUCAUGUCUUUAUAGUCAGGCUACUAUGGAAGAAAAUAAGAUAGUACUUUUGUAUUACUAAAGGGAUUCUUAAAUUCUUUAGUUAGUCCAGUAGCUUUCAUUUGGUUGGACAGUAAAAAGAAAAAAAAAAAAAAAACAAAAACUUGAUGCCGUUCUUCUGGAAGCUGAGUUGAAAAUUAUACCAGAGACAAUUUGUUUGGUUUUCUGUGACCUUCUCAAACAUUCGGUUCAGACUCCACACCAGACAACAGUGUAUUGUCACAAAGCAAUUUAAUGUAGCUACAUGAAUAAAGCUAGAUGUUCAAAUGCCUUGAAGAAAACAAGUCUCCUUAAAAGAAGAUAAUCAUUCAGAGAGGUAAUAAUCCAGUGUACAAUGAAAACUUUCAGAAAGAACCAAGGCUGUCUUCUCAAAAGACAGAAAAGUGACAGAAAACCAGUGAGCUUAAAAAUAUUUUCUAGAUCAGAGCCCUGGAUUACUAAGAAAGGUAGCAGCUUUACCAAAAAUAUUUUACUUUGUGGCAUCAACAAAGGGAAAGAAAAAUAAGGCACGAUUAAUUCCUUUUUGCAUUUAAGUGUACUUUGGAGUGGUUUACAUUAUUAUUAAGUCUGCCUAUGUUUUCAUUUAGUGACAGAAUGAUUUUCAUACAUUUUGAGUAGGUUACAAUACCUAGCUUCCCGUUCUGAGAAAGCACAUUGUUCAGUGGUUGGACUGCAGCAAAUCAAAUACAUUUCUGAACAGCAAUCUUCUUUAAAGGUAU